CAUCACUGACCUGCCCCUCCUGGUGUCUCACCACUCUUUAGCAACUCUGCCCCAAGAACUGAACGUCCUUUACUGCUGUUCCCGAAAUAUCCUUCUCGGCCUCAGGCUCCCUUUGGUGGGUUGAAAGGGCACUUCUAGGCUUUCCUGGGACCCUGGACUAAGGCGGGCUCCGCGGUGUGCUCCCUUAGCAUCCUGUUCCCGGCUCCUAGAAGGCGUAGAUUUUACAGUGUUACCUGCUAAUACAUCCUCCUCAUGGACUCCUAAGUUCACGAAGGCCGGGGACUGUUUUUCCCUUGUUCGUGACCUGGUACAUACAUCACAGGAAAUCCAUCAAUGUUUGAAGUGAGAAAGGUAGGGGUGAGGGGCUGAAGGGAGGCGUGGCAUUCCAGGCAGUACAGACAGGGAGGGGAGAAACUGAUGGCUUAGUGAGUAUGUGUGUGGUUUGGUGUUGAGUGUAAAAUGUGCUUGGGGGACCCUAGAAAGGCAGGUGAGAGAUGGGGUCAGAGCGUGGAGGGCCUUCUGUGGCGCCGUCAGUUUGCACUUGGGGAACGGGCAUUUAGCCUAGCAGCUGAGAUGCCUGUGCCCCACACUGGAGUGCCUGGGUUCAAAACCCAGCUGCAGACCCCAGCUUCCUGUUGAUGCAAACACUGGGAUCCCUGAAAUGGUAAUGGCUUAAGUCAUUGGGGCUCCUGCCACUCACCUGGGAAAACCGGAUGGUAUUCCUGGCUCCAGCCCCAAAUGCAGCCCAGCUUAGCCCCAGCCCCUGCCCGGCCAUCUGGAGAUGGAACCAGGAGAUAAGAACCCUCUUUGUCUGGGUGGUUUGCCUUGACUCUAUUGGAAGUAGAGGCUCGGAGACAUAGUUCGGAAGGCACCUCAGCAAGAUUCUGCAUUCAGAAGUUAACGCCUCUUGUUACCCCUCCGGAACACAGAAUUGAUUUUCCACAAUGGCUGCGGCCCCUCAAGCCCCAGCACGGGGAUCUGUCCGGAAGACGAGGCCUCUGGUUGUAAAGACGUCCUUGAACAACCCAUAUGCUAUCUGCUGGAGUGAGCUGGACAGAGACCACGUACACUUCAUCCUGCAGACCCUGGAAGACAGGUUUAGAUCAACUGGACUUCAGAAGAUUGAGGAUAAGAAGAAAAAGAAAAAAACUUGUGUCAAAAAGCAAAGCCGAGAAAAAUGCAACCUCGAUGCCGAUAUUGGCGAGGAUCCAGAGGAGAGAGAGGCAGACGCUAAGCAGCCAGCCUCGGGGUGGUCGCCUGUGCACAUCAGGAAGCAGCUGGCCAUCGGCGUCAACGAGGUCACCAGAGCCCUGGAGAGGAGCGAGCUGCUGCUGGUACUGGUGUGUAAGUCGGCCAAGCCUGCCAUCAUCACCUCUCACCUGAUCCAGCUGAGUGUGAGCAGAGCCGUGCCUGCCUGCCAGCUUCCCCGGCUCAGUGAGAGAAUCGCCCCGGUCAUUGGCUUGAAAUGUGUCCUAGCCUUGGGGUUUAAAAAGAACUCCACGGACUUCGCGGACGAAGUCAGUGCCAUCAUCCCCAGAGUACCCGAUUUAAAUGUACCCUGGCUUCAAGACACAACUGAAGGUUCCGGGGAGGCUUUGGAAAAGCCAGGCAGAGAGAUUUUGGAAACUUCAUUUGAAGACCUCUCAAAACCCAAGAGGAAACUUGCAGAAGGUCAGCCAGCCUCUGCUGUAGCGUUACAGCCCCUUAAAAUAAAGAAACUGAUUGCAAACCCUAAUAAGAAAAGGAAACCACCCAAAAGUAAAAAGACAACUUCAAAGUAAUCUUGUGUAAGCUUGUCAUCUCAUACAAUUUUUCAAAGGACGUUUUGUAAAGAUGCCUUGAAACAAUAAAAAUAAGUUUAAUUUAUGUAUGUUCUUAAGAUCCUAUUUAAUAAGAUUCCUACUUUUUGUAACCAUAUGGCAUGGAUAUAUCAAAGUUUAAAAACACUCAGUGCAGACAAUAUUUUAAAAUAUAAAAAUCAAAACUUAUUAGAAAUAAUGUCCAUGCUUUUAUAAUUGCACCUUUUAAAGGCUGGUCAUAAUGCUUAUAUGCAAGAACAUCUGUAGUCCUACAGUACUUACAUUUUUCCAUCCAACUUGGAAAAUGUGCCAAGGAAACAUGCUCCCAGGUAGUAGGGUAGGUGAAAGUGGAUUGGAGAAGCACUAUCAGUUUUAAAGGAAGAACAGUAAACGCAAAGCAAUGCAUUGUUUCAGAAGCAAUAUAUCCUUUUUGGCUUCAUGUCAAUUUGACUUCCUUGUAGGCAGACUUAGACAUAGGCUGGGGAGAAAGGCUUGAUGUUCACACAAAAAGCUAAGAUAUUUGACUAGUUAGCAGUUGCCCACUGUACAUGGUUAACUUCAUUGUAAAUUUACUCCACAUAAACAAGAUGAUGAUGAAGAUUAGGUGAAAUAUGGGAGGAUGAGGCUAAAACCAAGGGGUAGGUUCUCAGGUGGGUCUGUGUUGCAGGAGUCCCUCAGGUUGGGAAAUGGAGCCUGGUCCAUGCUCUGUGUCUGAGUGUCUGCUGUUCAGAAAAAUCACUUUCUACAGUUGGUGAGGAAGGGAUUGGAUUCCCAACAUUUUUCCCAGCCUAAAUUCCAGUGGACUCAUGGAUUAUGCCAGCUCUGUUCAUUUCCAUUUCAUUUUGUGCAAAAGGGAUACCUUAUAGAGCAUUUUCAUUAUACACAAAGAGUGUACAACAAUAAUUUUUUUGAAUCAAAUUCUAUAUAUUGUAUAUAAAUUGUUUUAAUAGCUAUUUUAUAAACAGAUUUACUGAUUCUGUAUUUUAAAAUGUUCAUUAGUAAUCUUAAGUUAUAAAGAGAAAAAUGUAGUUAAGAAUUAAAACUGGGGCCAGUGCCAUAGCUCACUUGGCUAAUCCUCCACUUGCAGCGCCGGCAUCCCAUAUGGGCACUGGGUUCUAGUCCCAGUUGCUCCUCUUCCAGUCUAGCUCUCUGCUAUGGCCCGGGAGGACAGUGGAGGAUGGCCCAGGUGCUUGGGCCCCUCCACCUACAUGGGAGACCAGGAAGAAGCACCUGGCUCCUGGCUUCAAAUUGGCGCAGUGCCGGCCGUGGUGGUCAUUUGGGGAGUGAACCAACGGAAGGAAGACCUUUCUCUCUCUGUCUAUAAAUCUA